CAGAGUUCAAACAGCCCUGCUAUGUAAGACACUUAAAAAGAAGCCAUCAGAAAACUUACCCCCUAACUGUCAGGUGAUGCGACUCCUGUCUUUUUAUUCUGACAGUUACACUUCUUUAGAAAAAGGGUUUUUAGUUCAAGACCUUCAUAGCUCUUCAGAGACAGAGCAUUUGCUGAAGUGUUUACUGCUGGAACAUGAACAGUACUAUCUGUGCACAUACGAUAAAGAUUCAGAUGGAUGCAUAUGGCAGAGCCUAAAUUAUUUUAGGGGUAAAGGCAGCGAAAUUAGGAGAACGCGUAUUCUUCCUGUUAAAGGGGUCCCGUUGUACCCUUAUAUUUUAAACAGCAGCAAUUCUGCGGUGUUCUACACCUUUGCAGGUGCCUGCAGUGUUUUGAGGGAGUGUAAAGAAAUAAUUCCUGAGGUCAAGGGUAUUCUGGACCUUGCAGGUCAAUGCACUAUUAAAGCACCAAAAGGAGAUUUUCCAGUGAUUGUCAUUGAAGGACUUGAUGCAACAGGCAAAUCAACACUAUGCCAUGCACUAAAGGAUCGCCUAAAUGCAUUUCUUCUGAAAUCACCACCCAGCUGCCUUAGUCAGUGGAGAAAGACUUUUGAUGAAGAACCAACACUUAUUAAGAGAGCAUUUUAUGCUUUGGGUAACUACAUUGCUGCUUGUGAAAUCGCAACACUGUCUUGUAAAGCUCCUGUAAUUAUAGACAGAGUCAAGUUUCUGUCAUCAGUUAACAGUAUGAGCUUCUCUAAAUCUUCACACCAGGAUAUCUCAUUAAAAAAGGAACUACAAACUUUACUUUCUACCAUUCAAGAUCUCUCUACAAAAAUUGACAAAUUGGACUUGAACUUGGAAAACUUUAAGGAAAAAUCUUCUCAACAAAUGGAAACUAUUCAUCUAGAUCUUAGACAACAAAAAGAACAAAUCAAUGGAAUAGAAACAUCUUUAAAUGACAUGGACUCUAGAAUUCAGGUAAAUGAACACAAUCUAGAAAGCCUUUUAAAGCAAAACUCCCUACUGUCAGCAAAAAUAGAUGAUCUAGAGAACAGAUCUCGAAGAAACAAUAUCAGAAUCUUCGGGUUGCCGGAAAAUGUGGAAGAUAAUAAUAUGGAGAAAUUUUUAACAUCAUGGUUACCAGAGAUCCUGCAGCUUCCAGAAGCCCUUUCAUAUGGAAUUGAAAGGGCUCACAGAUCUUUGUCUUCAUCAAAAAUUAAUAAAGCUGACACCACAAGAUCCGUCAUAGUCAGAUUUUUGUCCUCUUAUGACAAAGAAAUUGUCCUGAAGACAGCAUGGUCCAAAUCUCCCAUCAAAUUUAAAGAUAAUGUUAUCCAGUUUGACAAUGACUAUUCUUCUUCAGUAAUAGCCAGAAGGAAAUUAUUCUUGCCAUUACUCAAAGAACUUAAAAAAGAAACACAAAUUAAAACACAUUUAGUUUUUCCAGCAAAGCUAAAAAUCUUUCUUCAAGGCGGUCCCAAGAUUUUUGAUAAACUUGAAAAAGCCAUCGCAUAUAUAAAAUCAAAUAAAAUCCUGGAUGAUAUGGACUGGGCUUCCACUAACCUCAAGAGAUUAGUGGAAAAUGGUUCCUGGAAAUCUCUAGACCACAAAAAGAAGCUAAAAAAAAAAUAAAUGACUUGAGCUCUAUUUUAUUUUGUUUUUUUUUUACAUAACCCAGAAGUCUUGUGAGAUGAAAAUGGUUCAACAGGUGAGUGUUGUAAUUGCAUUUUUUCCUUCUUCACUGGUUUGUGUUAUGAACUACUU